AUGGACCCAACCAUCUCACCCCACAACACCGAAUCUACACCAACAAAUGAAACUGGUAAGCCUGAGAAUCAAAACUGCAACCCAAUCCUGACCCUGAACUUCCUGGCCCUCGUUAUUGCCGUGGUUGGACUGACAGGAAACACCAUUGUACUCUGGCUCCUGGGAUUCCACGUGCGAAGGAAAGCCAUCUCAGUGUACAUCUUCAACCUGGCUCUUGCAGAUUCCUUCUUCCUCUCCUGCCACUUGAUCGACUCGCUCCUUCGGGUCCUUGAUUUCUAUGGCUUCUAUGCCCAUAAACUAAGCAAAGAAAUCUUGGGCAAUGCAGCUUUCAUUCCUUAUAUCUCAGGCCUGAGCAUACUCAGCGCUAUCAGCACAGAGCGCUGCCUGUCUGUAUUGUGGCCCAUAUGGUAUCACUGUCACCGCCCAGAAAACAUGUCAGCUAUCAUAUGUGCCCUAAUCUGGGCUCUGUCCCUUCUGACGAGCAUCCUUGAAUGGUACCUCUCAGGGUUUCUGAGCAAGGUUCAUCAGCAUUUGUGGAAAAAUGUUGAUUUUAUUGUAACUGCAUUUCUGAUCUUUUUAUUGAUUCUUCUCGUCGGGUCCAGUGUGGCCCUACUGGUCAGGAUCCUCUGUGGUUCCAGGCGGAACCCGCUGACCAGGCUGUAUGUUACCAUCUCACUCACAGUGGUCACCUUCCUCAUCUGUGGCCUGCCUCUUGGGCUUUACCUCUUCCUGCUCUACUGGCUGGAAGUGCAUCUCCAUUACCCCCUGUGUCACCUUUACCGAAUCACUUCUGUCCUGUCCUGUGUGAACAGCUGUGCCAACCCCAUAAUUUACUUCUUCGUAGGUUCCUUUAGGCAAAAUAGGCAUCAUCGGUCCCUCAAAAGGGUUCUUCAGAGGGCUCUGGAGGACACGCCUGAGGAGGAUGAGUGUAGAGCAAGCCAUCUUCAGAAAACCAUUGAGAUGUCAGAAAGUAGAGAAUGGUGA